UUCAAUCAUUACAAAUUCAAGUUGAAAUCUUUAAUUUCAUUCUUUUAAAAAAAAAUUAAUUUUAUUCUUGCCAAAAAAAAAUAAUUAGUAUAGUUGUAAAUUCUAUUAAAUAUAAAUUAAGGCGGCCAGUCGCGAAAUACUCGUAUUGAUUUCACAUAAAAUACCCAAUGAUUGAGAUUGAAAAAAAAGCAUCGACCCGCUCAGCGAGUAAAGCGAAUUGCGUGUCGAAAACAACAAUUUACAAAACGAAAGCUGGAAAAUGCCAACGUCCCAGUCCCAACGGAGUGCUCCAUCGUAAUCCAUAUUUAAAUUUCUUACGUGAAUUUCGCCUUCGCAAUGGUCAUCUCCCUGCAGUGGAAAUUAUUCGACGCGGCGCCAAGGAGUGGAAGAAUAUGCCUAAAGAGGACAAGGCGCAGUUUAUAGAAGAGGCCUUUUAUGCACCCAAGAAAAAAAGACGAUCACCAAUGGUGCCAGUGCAUAAAGCACCGAUGAACUUGGUUCCAUACCUUGGAAAAUGUGGCGUAUGUCCCAAAGUGAAUCCAUGUGCAAAAAAACGACGCAGAAAAUCGAGAAAAUCAAGGUGUGGGCGCAAGCGAAGGCCAAAGAAGAAGCGUUGCGCUAAAAAACGUAAACCCAAGUGUAGACGUUGACAAUAACGCCCUUGAUUUUGAAUUCACAAAUUUUUUCGUAAAGAAUGUUUCAAUUUAUUGUAUUGUUCCAAAUAACUGUGUGUAUUAUAUAUUUAAUUUUCAAAAUUAAGAAUUACGUAAAUUGAACCCAAAA